AUGGCUAGGUCAGACCUCUUCACCAUCUUUCUCGCCCUCACCGUCGGCACCAGCGCCCUGCCCCAGCGCGGCACCCCCGUCGAGAGGGCCGCCUCGCCGCCGGCGACGUUCAGCCCGCAGCCAAGCACGGGCCCGGGCGGCAGCGACUACAAGGACUCAGCGCACUUCCGGGUGUACAAUGGGGGAAGCUCCGCGGAUUCGGCGCUGGAGAUGCUGGAAGGCGCCUACGAGUGCUUCGUGAACACGCUGGGCUGGCGGUCUAGUGGGCUGUCGUUUAACGAUGAGUCGGACGCCGGGCCGUACUACAAGGUCAACGUCUACUCGGUCAGCACCCUCGAUAAUGCCGCGGGCGUGAUGCACUCUGAGGCUGGGCCGGGUGCAGCCUGGCUCGAGGUCGUCAGCGACUACCUAGCCACGCCGACCGUCACGGUGCACGAGUACGGCCACGCGCUGCAUUACUACCAGAAAACAUGGGUCGACCAGAGCGCCACUGGUGCGUGGUGGGAGACAGUGGCCCAGUGGGUUGCCGACACGUACUCGACGAGCCCGCUGUGCGCCGACGCGCGUGCCGCGCACAACCAGAAGGAGGGCCAAAGCGAGCUCGAGCUCGACAAGGUCCUGGGCGAUUCGUUCCAGGUCAUCGUCGAUGGCACUCCCGAUUCGGGUAAUUACUACCAGGCAUGGCCGUUCCUGACGUACCUGACCAACAACCCCGACAACUUCGCCGGGCUGGGCAAGGACGCUUUGCACCAAAUGAUGGUGCAGUAUGAGGCCAACAGCAAUGAGACGCCUCUGCACGUGCUGCAGCGCGUGGCUGGCAACGCCACGGCAGGUGACAUUGUGGGCCGCUACUGGGCGCGCAUGGCGUACGUUGACAUUGGGCACGAACAGGCGCAGGCCGCCUUCGAGCAACAGAAGGACAGCAUUAAUUACGCGAAUGUCGAUAAGUCGGGUGAUGGCUACGCCGUCAAGUCGGCCCGCGCGCCACGCUACAUGGGUGCCAACAUCAUCCCCCUGACUGUCUCGGGCGGGUCGGUCGAGGCCAAGGUCACCUCUAGCGGAGCCUUCACGGCGACGCUGGCCAUCAAGGGCAGUGACGCGGUGCGCUAUGUUACUCUUGAGAACGGUGCUGGAUCGGCCGAGGUUGCUAGCGGAGAGGAGGCCAGCCUGGUGGUCGCCAACACGCCCAAGACUCUGCUCCAAUAUAACGGCUUUGAGUUGGAGGGUAGCAAGGCUAAUGACGGCCUGGACUACUCAUUCACGCUGACUGGUGCCACUGUCACCUCGGCUUAG